AUGGCGUCAACCUCGGCUCUACCGCAGCGUCCCCGUGCGACGAACAACCCACCAACUUCAAUACCGAGCCAGAAAGCGAGAAAGAGUCUACCGGUACCCUCAGGAGGGUCAAGGGUACCAUCACCCACGCCUUCAAAGCUACGGACGCCUGCGUCUCCUCGACCCCAGCUUGCCAAAUCUAGUCAGUCGAGCUCGACGACCGACAUUCCCAGUCUGAGGUCGACCUCAGCGGGACGCACUCCCAGCAGCCCUGACAAGACACUGCGGAGGACGAUUAGCAUCGCGGCGUUCCCUCAGCCCCCCAAAGCUGGCAGUACCCGUCCUUCCCCGUCUUCGUCUUUCUCCGGUAUUCCUCCGAAAUCCGCUACGCCAGAUCUGAAAUCCAGCGCUUCAUCGAUUACUUCGAAGUCGAAGAAACUUUCCAGGCUGAGCACUGGCACUACCAGCAGCUACCGCAGUUCCAAGACUCCAUCUCUACUAGGACUCGGCGCUGCCAGCGUGGAUCCGGAGGGCCAAUUCAACAUUCCAUCACCGCCACAGAGCCGGAGCUCGUCUGCGCAAGGCUCGUAUUCCACUAGUGCGACAACAUUUGACGAUGCUGACGAGGCUGGCGGGAACUCGAAGGGGACUGGUAAAGCUAAAGAUGCGAAAGGCAAUGUGCUUGUCAGUGUCCGAGUUCGGCCUGAUGCGGGCAAUUCCGACGCUUCAAAACCGGAUGGAGAGUGGAUGGUAGAUGGACGGAGGGCUCUAAUCUCUUUCAGAGGCAAGGAAGCCGGUGACUACUAUUACGAUAAUGUAUUCACCACCCACGACAACAAUGCCAAGGUAUACGAUGCCGCAGCGAAGCGUCUCGUACGGAGAGUCAUGGAAGGUUACCACGGAACGGUUUUCGCAUACGGUAUGACUGGAACGGGAAAGACCUUCUCUAUGCAGGGAACAGCAACAUCGCCUGGAGUAAUCCCGCUGGCCAUCACAGAUAUUUUCUCCUAUAUUAGGGAAACCCCACACAGGGAGUUCCUUCUGCGCGUUAGCUACCUGGAGAUCUACAACGAAAAGAUCCACGACUUGCUUUCUGCUUCCACCCAAAACGGCCCCGGAAUCGCUCAACAGGAAGAAAUCAAAUUACGCGAAGACAGCAAACGAGGUGUAUACGCUACUCCCCUAAAGGAGGAGAUCGUGCAGAGCCCUACUCAAUUGCUUCGAGUCAUUGCUCGAGGUGAUCAUGCCAGAAGAGUUGCCAGCACUCAGUUCAACGCUCGCAGUUCGCGCAGUCAUGCCGUCGUCCAGAUCGUUGUGGAAAGCAGAGAGCGAGCACCCCCAGGCAGUGCUUCGCACGAUAAGCGCUCGGCAAUUGUACCCGGUGGAGUAAGGGUAUCAACGUUGAGUCUUAUCGAUCUGGCGGGUUCCGAGAGAGCCGCCGACAAUAAGGAACGACGUCAAGAAGGUGCCCAUAUCAACAAGAGCUUGCUCACGCUUGGCACGGUUAUCUCGAAGCUCUCUGAGACUAAGGACAAGAACGGGGCGGACCGAGAUGGAAAACAUCUGCCAUAUCGUGACAGUAAGCUGACCCGGCUGCUGCAACCUGCGUUGUCCGGAAACUCCUUGGUCAGUAUCCUCUGUACGAUCCAGCUAGGGUCAGCUGGCAGCGCAGCAUCGGCGAACUCACACACGGGCGAGACGCUGAAUACCAUGAAAUUCGCUGCUAGAGCCAAGAACAACAUCGUCAGUCAUGCGAAGAAGGCUGAAGAAGCGCUUGGUAGCUCUGGCGAUGGUGGGAGUCGUGUCCUUCUGGAACGCUAUCGCAUGGAGAUCCAGUCACUGCGCAGCCAGCUCGAGGGCCAGGCUAAGGCCCAGGCUGAGAAAGAGCUUAAGAUGGAGGAGAAGCAGCUGGAGAACGAAGCUCAGGUCCGUCACGAGGAACAGAUGUUGGAGAUGCAGCUGGCCAGGACGGCUUUGAAAGAGCGUAUUGAGCAUCUUAACCGCCUUAUUCUCUCUUCAAAAUCUACGGGUGUGAAUAGUGGCACAAUGUCUGCACUGGGUAGGCUGUCGAGGAUGUCCAGCACCCUCAAUGAUGGUACUAGAUCUCUACGUUCCUCCGUCAGCCAAUCCACACUGGGUGCGCAUUCAUUGAAUCGAACGGUAUCCAUGAUGUCCUUCAACAGUGUCGAUCGCUCGAUCCGUGCUUCCUAUCCCGGAGUGUCCUCUCCGAAUGAGGACGAUGAGGACACCAUGGGCGAAUUCGGGGAUGGCACGGCUAGUCUUCAGAUGCAAGUUAGUGCUCUGCAAGCGGAUCUUGCAGACAAGAACAGGUACAUAUCCACACUUGAAAGACGACUGCUGCAAGCAAGACGCUCUAGCCAUUCGCGGACGUCUAUGGGCCUCCAGCAGCAGAUCAAAUCUGGAAACGUGUCUGCGGAUGAUCCUGAUGUUGUGAACCUGCUUCGUGAGAAGGAUAAUGAAAUAGCUGAGCUACGGAUUCAACUUGAUGACAAGGAUCGCAUGCUUACUGCACUGCGGUCAGCGGCUCGCCAGCGAGAUCUGGCUUGUAUGACUCCUGAUCUAAUUGCGCCCGAAAACAGAACCAUGCUGGUACGUCGGAGUACCGGGAGCAACAGUAGCUCCAAGACAGCGUCUGCAGUUCUUUGUGGUCCAGGUGAUAACAACGAUUCGUUAAAGACGUCCGAGAAGGAAAAAGCAAAAAAGAGAAGGAGUGUGGACGAAAUGUCCCGUAUGCUCGAUGAGAUGAUCCAGGAUCGGGUUGAGAGCGGCCAGCUAAUAAAGGGUUCGCGUGGAAGUAUGCGCGUUGCCAACGAGAGCCGACCAGUUUCGGCUUCAGCAACAACAAUCCCGGGCUUGAAUACGACCCCGACUCCGAAAGUGCCAUUCCCAGACAGGCAGUCGACCUGA